AUGGGGCAGGGAUUUUCUCUCGCCGCACCCCCAGCUGGGGCUGCCGGGAUAGACGUUCCUGAGCUUGCCGACUUGGUCUACGAAAAGAGCAUUGGCACCGCCCGCUUUAUGAAGAGCAUUCGAGCAAGACACCAUGAUGGAGUCGUAUUAGUCAAAGUUCUCAUUAAACCAUAUCCCAUGUCCCUGGACAAGUACAAAGAACAGGUCCUUCGGGUAAGAAACGUGCUGGCCGAUGUACCAAAUGCCCUUCCAUAUCAACGUGCGAUCGAAACCGAAACGAACGGAUAUUUGAUUCGCCAGUUCUUCUACAACUCGUUAUAUGACCGUCUGAGCACACGACCGUUUUUGGAAGAUAUCGAGAAGAGAUGGUUGGCCUUUCAACUGCUUUGCGCUGUGCGUGACUGCCAUGACAAAGACAUUUAUCAUGGCGAUAUCAAGACGGAGAAUACACUGGUGACGUCGUGGAACUGGCUGUACCUAUCCGACUUUUCGUCCUCGUUCAAGCCGGUCAUGCUACCUGAGGACAACCCUGCCGAUUUUUCCUACUUUUUCGACACGUCCGGCCGUAGAACUUGCUACUUGGCGCCGGAGCGAUUUGUUCCUUCGGGGGAGGAACUAGACCCAAAUGCAAAGAUAACAUGGGCGAUGGAUGUGUUCAGCGUCGGGUGUGUGAUUGCAGAGCUGUUUCUUGAAGCGCCCAUCUUCAGCUUGAGUCAGCUGUACAAGUACCGGAAAGGGGAGUAUGAUCCUGGGAUAUCGCACCUGAGUCGGAUCCCUGAUAAGGACCUGAGGGAGAUGGUGGGCCACAUGAUACAGCUGGAUCCGCAGAAGAGAUAUUCGGCGGAACAGUACCUUGAGUUCUGGAAGGGAAAGGUGUUUCCGGCAUACUUUUACAACUUUCUGCACCAGUACAUGGAGGUGAUUACGGAUCUCUCCCCUGGGCACUCUUCAAAUCCGGCCAAGAACGUCGGUCAAGCUGAUGAGAGGAUCGAGAGGGUGUGGUCGGAUUUCGACAAGAUCUCUUAUUUCUUGGGAUAUCACAAUAAUGAUACGCAGGUGGAGGAACGACCGGUGGCUCCCAGGCUGGGACUGGGGCAUUUCCCAGUCCGACUCAACAUCCCGAAUAAUGAGCAUUUCGUGUCGAGCGACAAGCAGCCGUUGGCAGAUGACGGCACGCUGAUAUUCCUGACGCUGAUUGUUUCCUCUCUCCGAAAUACGGCACGCGCAAAUUCAAAAGUCAAGGCAUGCGAUAUACUUUUGGCCUUUUCUGAGCGGUUGACUGACGAAGCAAAACUGGACCGGGUCUUGCCAUAUCUCGUUGCUUUGCUCAAUGACAAGUCAGAGAUUGUGGUCAUUUCUGCGAUUAGGACGAUCACGCAGCUACUGGAUAUGGUGAGGGUCAUUACGCCUGUGAACGCACAGAUAUCUCUGGAGUAUAUCAUGCCUAGGAUGCAGGUUGUCUUGCUUGGAACGCAGCGCUCGACUAGUUCGGCGGUUCGAGCAACAUAUGCUUCGGCUUUGGGCAAGUUGGCCAAGAUUGCGGACCGUUUUCUUGUCAUGGCUGCUACGCUGCGAGGAGAUGGAUCUACGACCAUUGCAGACCCUGAGGUUGAGCCUGGGACGGAGCCAGACGCGGCGUUUGAUGGGCUUUAUGACAAUGCCCGCAGGGAGUUGACCGGCCUGUUCGAAACUCACACCAAGGCGCUGAUUGAGGAUUCGGAUCCCUUUGUGCGACGAGCCUUCCUUACCUCGGUGCCAGAGCUGUGUAUCUUCUUCGGUGUUGCCCAGGCCAACGAUAUCAUCUUGGCUCAUCUCAACACCUACCUCAAUGAUCGAGACUGGAUGCUGAAAUGCGCCUUCUUUGACGCGAUCGUGGGAAUUGCGGCUUUCCUCGGCAGCAGCACGCUGGAAAAGUUCAUUCUGCCUCUUAUGGUGCAGGCGGUCACGGACCCGGAAGAGUAUGUUGUCCAGGGUGCGCUCCGUUCUCUGGCAGAGUUGGGGUCCUUGGGUCUGCUGACCAAGCAGUCCUACACUGAUCUCAUCAGCGAUGUCGCCCGCUUCACGGUCCACCCUAACAUAUGGAUCCGAGAGGCGGCUGUCGAGUUCAUUGCUUCGGGCAGCAUGUUUUUGAGUCGGGCAUAUCUCAAAGUUCAAGUGCUGCCAAAGCUGGGGCCGUAUCUCAAGCCAGAGCGCGUACCGGACUUUUCUGAGCUGGGGAUUCUUGAGGCGCUUCAGAAGCCGCUGUCUCGGUCUGUCUUUGACCAUGCUCUGAUGUGGGCUUCCAAGACGGAGAAGGGUGAUUUCUGGACGUUCAAAAAGGGACGUGAUAGUGUUUUGGGGCCGAGCCAGAUAUUUGAGCAGGCGUCAAAGAACAAGGAGGACGAUGCGUGGCUGAGGAAGUUGCGGAAUUUGGGUCUGUCUCAAGAGGAUGAGCCGAAGCUGUUGGCACUUAGGGAGUUUAUCUGGCGAUUGAGCCAGAUGAAGACAAGGGAUUCGACAGGUCAAGAGACGACGACGACGACGACGACGACUACGGGUGGUAGUAAUGGUAUUAUUCCCCUUCGGUCACUUGGGAUUACCCCCCAGACUGUGUUGUUUGAUGAGGAGCCUUUGCGGUAUCCGAUGCCGUCUAUUCAGGCUGAGCCGGGGACUCCGAGGACGAUAGAGGAUGCGCUGCUUGAUGCGUCCAUGUCGAUUGAUGACCCUGUUGGCAAGAAGCGCAGGGCGGCGUUGAAUAAUCAUCGGUCGAGACUUAAUAGCAGGGAUAACAUGUCGCCGGCGUCUGUGGAUGGCAGGCGGCCUUUUGAGGAUGAGGGGGCGGUAUCGCCGACUGCGUCGAGGGAUACUUCUGUUAGGACGUCGGUGGCGCAAGGGAAGAACGUGUUGUCUGUUAUGGAUGAUGAUCGGUCGCUGUCGGAUGCGCCUUAUGCGAGCAGGAGGGUUUUGCGGCAUCAGUCGAGUGCGAUGAAUCUGAUGAAUAGGAAAGACAGCGCCAAGUCUGGGCCUGAGACUGGCACGACGGAGACGAAUGCGUUUGGACAAGUCGAGGGGCCGCUCAGUCAAGGGUUGAGGGUUUCGUCUUAUCCCGAGACGGAGACUGGGCUGGCUUUUGCGAAGGAACGGUUGAGGGGUCAUCACACUUAUACUGGGAGCGACCCGAACAUUAUCCGGAUGCUGGAUAACAUGUACAUUGAGAAUUAUCCCCGGGAUUUGCUCGAGUAUGGGCCGCUGGUGACGCCGGUGAGGCGACGGAAGUCGAGCAGGCAGUCUGUCCCUUCUGGAUAUGAGGAGCCCUGGAAGCCGGCGGGCAAGCUGGUUGGCAUGUUGGCCGAACAUGUCGGCCCCAUCAACCGGGUUGUUCCCUCGCCGGACCAUCGGUUUUUUAUCACAGGUGGGGAUGAUGGGUGUGUUAAAGUCUGGGAUACGAAACGCCUAGAGAGGAUGGUCACACAUAAAGCGAGGCAGACUCACAAACAUGCUCCCGGGGCGAGGGUGCUGGCAAUGUGUUUUGUUGAAAACACGCACAGCUUUGUCAGCUGUGCCACUGACGGGAGUGUGCACAUCCUCAAGGUCAAUUCGAUUCUCAGCGGGGUUAGUUACCGGUAUGAAAAGCUGAAGUUGCUCAGGGAGUAUACUGGACUAGGGGAAGGGGAGUAUGUAGUCUGGUGCGAGCACUACAGACAAGAAGCGAACUCGGUGCUGGUGCUGCUGACGAACAAGAGCAACAUCAUUGGUGUCGACCUCAGGACGAUGGGGGAGCUGUUCCGGCUGGAGAACCCGGUUCAUCACGGCACGCCGACGUGUUUCUGCGUGGACAGGAAGAGGAACUGGCUUUGUCUUGGGACGAGCCAUGGGGUUUUGGACCUGUGGGAUCUGAGGUUCAAGACUAGGUUGAGGGGGUGGGGGGUGCCGGGGAAGGGGGAGAUCUACAGGGUUACGCCGCACCCGGCGAAGGGGAGGGGGAGAUGGGUUUUGGUCAGCGGGGGACGGGGCAGGGGAGAUUACGGUUUGGGAUUUGGAGAGGUGUAUUUGUCGGGAGGUGUACAGGGUGGCGGGGAAUAA